ACCAGCUGCAGAUCUACUCAGACAGCAGACAGGCUCUUGCACAAUGGGGACUGAUAACGCCUCAGAACGUCCCUUAUCAGGACCAGAAUUGGCUGAAAAACAUGUGCAAACAUUCUCGUUGGUCAUCUACUGCGUGAUUAUUGUAGUUGGGACAGUAGGCAAUGGUCUGGUCAUCUACGUGACGGGCUUCAAGAUGAAGAAAACUGUUGACUCUGUGUGGUUUUUUAAUCUGGCUCUGGCGGACUUCCUCUUCACGGCCUUCCUUAUUUUUUCAGCAGUCUCUCUCUCACAGCAGCACCAGUGGCCCUUUGGAAACUUUAUGUGCAAACUCAAUGUUUUUGUGAGCUUAGUCAACAUGUUUGCCAGUGUCUUUUUUCUGGCAGCCAUGAGUUCGGAUCGUUGUUUGUCCAUCUUGGUGGUGGUGUGGGCACAAAACAAACGCACCGUCUGUAAAGCUCAAGUCAUGAGUGCUGUAAUCUGGUUGGCUGCAGGUAUUUGCAGCACACCUUAUGCCUACUUCCGUACUGUGAAAGAGCACGAAAACAUAACCUACUGCACUUAUAAACAACACAUGUCAGAAGAACAAAAAUUGAGUCUCAGUAUUUUCCGCUUUCUUAUGGGCUUUCUCUUUCCAUUCCUGACAAUACUUUUCUCCUAUGUGGCCAUAGCCAUCCGUUCCAGACGUGUGCAGCGGACAAGAAAGCGGAGAUUUCAUCGCAUCAUUUUUGCUAUCAUUUUUGCAUUCUUCAUCUGCUGGUUACCCUUUCAUGUUUUGAAUUUCAUAGAAUUAACAGUCAAAGAUUACCAAAAUAUCUGGAUCGUUCGGAUUGGAGGUCCUUUAACCGUAUCCCUCGCCUUCAUGAACAGCUGUCUGAACCCCAUCCUGUAUGUUUUCAUGUGUGAUGAGUUCCAGAAGAAGCUCAAACAGUCCAUAUGCUUUGUUCUAGAGAGCGCUCUGGCAGAGGACCAUUUAAGUUUCAUGUCAUCUCGCUCUCUGACAUCCCAGUUGUCACGUAUUUCUCAGAAGUCAGAUGCAGAAAAGAAACACAUGGAUACGUUGAUUAUCACAGAGAACAGAGGGGUCAAGAGUUAAAGCAAAACUCACCCACAAAUGACCAUGAGAGCCAUUGCUGUUUUUUUGUUUUUUGUUUUUUUUUAAACAAAACCUUGUAGAAAUUACAAGGAAAAUAAGAAUAACAAAAUCUAAGAUGAAGGUCACAGUCAUUAAUUUAGAGUGAUAUAGGCAGUGCAGCAAAUCAAUGGAAAAAAAUAAAAAUAAUAUUUCCUGUUUAAAUGCUUGUAUUUGUACUUUUAAUGAUAUGGCUUAAUACCUUUUGUUUGACACUUUUGACAACCACUCGUUGUACUCUAUGUUUAUUUUAGCUUAAUUACUUUUUCAAAACAAUUUAAACAACCUCUUUUUAUAUUAUAGGCCUGAUCUUCAAAGGUUCCUUAUAAGGAGCACUAAAUUGUGUUUGCAGAAAAAAAUUGCAGGGACAACAAGUGUCCAGGUUCCGGGUGUUCUUCAAAGAUUGCUGCAAAAGCAAUUUGGUCCGGCCUAUUUAAAAGAGUAUGUUUUGUGUACCAUUGACAGUUUGGGAGCUGCCUUAAUAAUAAUAAACUCUUUUUCAUUAUUAUUCCACCAUUCAUUUAUCAAAAAUGGUGCCCAUGUCAAAUGCAACAUCUCAGUUUCUCCAGCCUCAGUUGACUGAAAACCUCCCUGGAUAAAUGUGUUGGGUGUGUACUUUGCCUCUUGCACAUAGGUGCGAGGCAGGGCACCAAGCCCUUGCGACCCUGUAGGGAUAAGCAGGUUUAGAUAAUGGAUGGAAGGAUAGUUAAAAGAAAAGUUACAAAGGACGUAGGAGAAACAGCUCUCCUGCCAAAAGUUAUGGAAACUCGCUUUAAUACACACAAACCUUUUGAAGAUCAGUUCCUAAAUGUUUAUACUGAGAUAAAGUGUAAUGUACAAUAGAAUAUUGUGAUCUAAGUGAAUCUGUGUUAAUGUGCUGCAGCAUUGCUGAAGUUGUACACUGUGAAAUUUUGCAAAUAAAUGAAAUAUUAAAAUA